AUGGUGAGUGGUGGCAAAGUGCCUCGACGCAGCGGACGGACCCGUCGUCCCCAGGGCUCAGUCGCUCGACUGCAGGGCGGGACUGACACGGUCUAUCCAAGUUCUCGCUUGCUGGUGUGGCACUCGCGCUUCACCUACGCUGCGUCUCGCCACGCGAGCGUCGUGGAGGGCCACGCCCUCAAUCAGCAGCUCGAAGUGUACCUUCCAGCCAAAGCUGGACGAGCUACUGCGCAGUCGCUGCAAUGGGAGACUGGUUUUUACUACGAGGUGAACGCGUCCGUGGCUAUGUUUCUAUCGCCUGCUUUCAUCCGCACGUACGUCAUGGACGGCGGGGCGGUGUUUAUGGUGGCCAAGAACGUGGCAGUGGACGCAUCGCAGUCUGCAAUGCUGCUACCUCCUGGCCAUUUGUUGCUGUUGGUGGAUGUGGAUACAUACCAGCAAUUGGGAAUCGUGGGUGAAAAGUAUGGCAAGGCGGUGCCUGCAAGUGGCAAGACAGCGCAUGCAAAGCGGGGACAGAAGUACGUCAUUACGCUGGACCUGACGUCGUCGGUGUUUCGUGCUGAAGCAGGAGAUGCGGGUCGGUCGGCAGAGCGAGUGCGAAGGGUAUUGAGCACAAAACUCAGUCAUCUAGACAUGUUGCUGUGCGCAUACAAUCAGCGUGGUUCACCACGCACGAUCUUGUUUGGAGAUGAUGACACGGUGCCACGGGUACGCGUUGAGCUGGAUGGCCACACGACGACGUUCAGCGACGUGUUUCUGCCCAAGUUCGAUGCGUUUUACAAGGCGCUGAGUGCGAGUGCCGAGCACAGAGAUGACCGAAUGGACAUGUUGCGAACGUCGUUGCAGGAGGCGUAUGACUGGUUGGGGCUCGUAGCCUGUCGGUUGACCAAUUUGUUGCAGCGAGAAAAGCUGGAAGAGUAUGUGUCGACGUUCGCAGGCGUUCCUGGUUCGUUCGAGUGCGAACCGGGCAGUGAGGUCACGACAGUGCGGUGGCGCGGUCUGCUGGCCGCGCCAUUUUGCUCAACUAUCGUUGAGAAGGUGCAGCUUGCUGUCAAGAAUGGGGACUUGCCGUGGGGUGCCGUCACAGUGUGGGGGUUUCCGGACGUCUUUGAGUCGUGGGUGCAGACCAAACGAAACAAAAGUGCGAAAGGGACGAGCGAACCUCAGCGACGAGAGCAUGGCUACCUAGGGAAUGGUAGCAACAACUACACAAUGCUCAUGCUUCCAAAUGAUGAGUACUUCGUGCUGCAAUCGCUCGGCCCACAUGACGCCACCAUGUAG